GAGAAAUGGAGGCAUUUCUGACAUUGGAAAUAUUUGAAGGCAUCAUCUCAAGAUCCGACGUGAGUCCUCAUUUUAUAUCGGCGGUUGACGGUAUCCCUGCUUCAUCUUGUCAACGAAGGCUGCAGCUCUUGUUGGAUCGGAGGAGAUGGACAGGAUACCUGAGAGGGCUUUCGUCCAUGAGGCCACUACGCCCGCAAGGGAUGCAAUCAUUGCUCUUCAUAAAGCGAAGGAAAUGCUAGAACGCCCGCAGAAUUUGAUUGGCCAGGUUGAGUUCAGGUGGAUGGAAAUGAUUCGCGAGCUGGUCAGCGACCUGCGGACGAAUAGCGCUUUGCAAUACACGGAAGACGUCACCUGGACUCAGCCAGUGGGUCUGCUGUCCGCCGAGGCCGAAUCUUUGGCGGCGCCAAAGCGUGACAUGGGCUUCGAGCUUCGAACGCAGCAAUCUUUCCAGCAAUAUCUGCGGGAGCGGCAUUCAGAGGCCACAGUACUGUCGAGAAGCUAUCUGAAUGCACUUUCGCUUCGCCACGCGAUUCCUCCUUGGCCCUCGCCUGGCAUUCAAGAACUUGCUUUUCCCUGUAUCAUCCUCGAAGCCAAGUGCGACUCCCAGCCUCUUCUCUAUGCCGAGAAUCAAGCUGCAGGAGGGACUGCUACCUGUCUGAAGAUGAUCGAACGCCUGGAGGAAGUCUACUUUAACACGAAUGGACAACGCUUUUCUCCUCUUUCGGUCUUGGCGAUAUGCUCAGAGGGCCCAACCUUCGCAAUUCUGAUCGCCUUUCAGGGUGACAUUUCGGAUGCAUCAAUCGCACAAAAUAUCCAUUUAGUCACAAUCUGGAAAGGCGACGUAACCGAUCACUGGAACCUUUUCUUACUGCUCUUGCUCUCAAAGAGGGCCUCGUCUUGGGUCGAAGAGCGAUUUCGAUCUAGUGUUGUAGCCAUGCUUGAAGGCCUGCGGAAGGUCGUCUAGCACUGUAGGCGAACAUCAUGGUGCGAGCAUGAAACUCUUCUUGGCGAUCUUCAGGUCUUCGUCUGCAAAUUAAUCAUUUGUUGGCUAAUUUCGGAUACCAGAUCGAAGCGCAAAUCCCUCUCGAACAGAUGAGCAAGUCACUGAGCAAUUCCGGGGAGGUCGGACACCUGCGGAACGCUGAGGUCCCCGUGCAAUGCAAUAGCGCGCGACAACAAGAUUGGGAGGUUUCUGCACGCGAGAUAAUCUGCACUGCAAGCCUGCAU